AUGCUGCCUCCUCGGACAGCCUUCAAUCGAAUACCGGGCCACCUGCGGCCGGUGCUCACCUCACGAGCACCGGCUCCCAAGCUGCGUCUGCAACCUUUCACCCACCGCAGCCGACUACUACUCUCCCGCGGUCCAGGACGUCCUCAAUUACCUUUUCUAUCGCCGCUCACCCCGACUCGGUCUCUUCCUCCGCUUUCGAUCCACUUGCGCCAGCACUUUGGUCGCCUGAUCUCGACGGAAAGUCGCGCUCACUUAAAAAAGCGGCUGUCCCGCGGCUUCAAGUUCGGUCUUUCCUUCUCGGCCAUUCUGAUCCUGAUCCAAAUCAUCAAGAUCGGAUUGUACCAAGAAGACAUUGAGCACGAAUGGCCCACACCGUCCGAAUGGACCUGGAAGAGCCGCUGGUGUUUGCGCUCGGCGCAAGCCAUGAUGCAUCCUGAGCAGAUCGGCAAACUUAUGACCAAUUGGCCUAUGGUUGCCGGGUAUCUGCGCGAGUUGCUGGAGCGAUUGGAAAACACCGAGGGCGAGGGCCAGGGGAUUGUCGAGCAGGAUGAAGGGGGUCUUCUCGUCGAGGGGGUGGGGAAGAUGGGUCUGGAUGUCUCUGCUAAGAGCGAGCACUGGCGUCGGGGUUACUUCCAGGCUCUAAUGGGUGCGGCCAAGGCGGCGGAGAACCUGGAUGGGUGGUUGACGGAUCGCAAGCAGAAGAUCUCUGCACCCGCAGAGUAUGUCGUUGGUCCAUCGAAUCCUCGACCAAAGCCCAUGCCUGCAGGUCAGAAGCUGGUCCCUCGCGAAGAGGAUUGCGAAGCGGCGUCGCCGCCACCAGAGACUUUCUAUAUGAAGGUCUUGACGACCAAGGGCUUUGAUACGCGGCAGAAGUUGGAUGCCGCGCUAGCCUAUGCGGACUGGCUUGACUUUAAGGGUCUGGCUCGUACGUCAAGUGACAUGUACACAUGGGCACUAGAUAUCGCCGCCGGCGGACUGUCCGGCGAUGCCAGUAAAGUUGUUGAUCUGGAGACGGGCAUACUCAAGAACAAUGGCUCAGAUCUUCCUUCAGAGAACAUCCUGCGCGUUUCCACCGCAAUGGCCGUCCACCGAGCUCGCCAGGGUGAUCUUUCCGCCGCACUUUCGCUCUUCACAUCUGUUCUCAAGGCGCGACGUACACUCCCCGCCGGUUCAGAGGCCGGCUCCUCCUUUAGAAUGCCCAAACGGCCCUCGAAUGAUCCCCUCGCCGGGAUUGUCACCACGCUGAAGAAGAUCUUCAAUCAAGCGGAAUACCCUCCUGCCUUGCCAUCCGGUGACGCCCCUCCAUUUCGAACCCCAGCGACUGUCUGCGACGAAGCUGGCCUGAUGACCUACAUCGGCGAGAUUCUGUACGCAUCAUCGUCUAAAGAUCAGGGACUUGCAUGGACCCGCGACGCAGUUGAAACAGCCGAAUCUACCAUGCUGCAACUCAACGGUCCCGAGGACAAGCCUGCUCGCACACGCUGCGCGCAAUGUCUCAGGGUUGGAUUGGAAAAUUGGAAAACCAUGGUCUCGACACGAGUCGCCCAGGCAAAGAAGGAGCAAGCAGAGGCCGAAGCAUCAUCGUCGUCAUCAUCAUCUUCUUGGCUCAGUGGACGCAAGUCAGCCCAGAAUACCAAGAAGACGGAAGAGGAAGUCAGAAGGUGGGAAGCCGAAGAAGCCCUUCUGGAAGAUCGGAUUCGUCGACUCUUCCCGGUGCUAGUAGGCGAGUCUGGUCUGGAUACAUUGUCGCCAAAUAGUUCAUUAUUUGUCUGA